AUGGAUAACAAAAAUAAAAUACCCCGCCUUAAUAUUGAAGAAGCAAUUGAGUUUACUUGUGAGGCAUGGAAAAAUGUAACUUCUCAAACAAUUAUUAAUUGUUGGCAUAAAACUGAAAUCAUACUAUUGGUUAAUUGGAAUUGGAUUGAAAAAUUCGAAUAUAAGAAACAUGAAAGUAUAAGACCAGAAAAUAAUAUUGAGCAACUUAUUUCUAAUAUUCCUUCUAAUUAUAUGCAAAUAAUAGAAGCUAAUGAAUAUAUUCAUAUCGAUGAUAAUAUUAUGACAGAAGAAGUAGUUACCAAUAAAAAAGCAAUUAUAGAAGAAAUUUUUCAAAUAUCUGAUUCCAAUAGUAAUGAAGAUAGUAGUAUUAAAAUUGAGAAAAUUUCUUAUUCUGUAGCUUUUGAACAGUACAAAUUACUUUUACAAUGUGUAGAACAACAAGAUCCUAUAAA